CAAUGAACGGGUGUCCGAGCUAUACAAGGCAAAGGAGCAUCCACAGUAAGACGCGGCUAUUAAGGGGAUGAGGCAUCGAUACGCGGGAGCUGUCUAUCAGCACCAAAUCCCCGACGAAGAGCGAGGCAGCGUGCAGAGCCAAGACCCAAACCCAGUCGCUCCAGUUUUCAGUCUGCCGCCCCCUCCUCCGUCUUUCAGAGAGCGUUCGACUACCACCUCGCACUACCUGAACCACCACCAACUGCCUUGUCUGAGCAAGCCCUCUCGAAGAGGUAUCCAUGCCUGUCAGCCGCAGCACGGCGACCCCCCGCCUCUGACAAGCUACGACAUCGCCCAGCGACCUUCACACCGGGUCUGUAAACCCGCCGGGCAGCCAGCGCACCUACAGCAGAACCUUUGGGCCGCAGCCGGUUCCCAGCCGCAGUCGGAGCAGCCUUUUUUUCAGAGCUACCACUGCAAUUUUUCCGAGGAGGCGAGCCUUUCUCACCAGCGCCAGCGCCAACCCCUCGCUCACCCGCCGCAGCCCUCCCCAUCUUUGCCGCCGUCGUCCUCUCUGCUGUUUUUGCAGGAAUCUAAUCACGGGGAUAAUUUGCAAAGCAGUGACAAUUAUCAACAGGCGAGCAACGUGGAACGCUACCGGGGAGGAGGAGGAGGAGGGCACCGAGACCAGAAGCAGUUGUUGCAGCAACAGCAGCACAGCAGACUCCAACACAGGGACCCCUCCCCUGAAACAACCCGAGCAAACUCACAGAAGGGGCGCACUAUAAAUGUAUGUGAGUCAAUCGAGGCUAAUCGGCGAGCAUUCCAGUCCCAGACUCAGGACCUGCAGCAGCUACAGCAACUCCCACAAUUGCGAGCUCAACAACAGCUACUGGUGGGGAGCAGCUUCCCUGUAUACUACUGCGCCAACGGUUCAGGAGAGCUCUGUCGGAAUAACCAGGCAACACUGCUGCAACAGCAUCAGCAAGACGCACAGGGGCGUCCGCAGCACUGUGACCAAGACCGCAAUAAGCCAGGGAGGACAAACCAAGCCAACCAGCCACAGCACCCCAACCAGCCACAGCACCCCAACCAGCCGCAGCACCAUUGCCGCGACUCUCGUGUAAACUCACCAACGCAGCCGUACGGAGGGAACUCGUCUGCGACUGGCAGUAGCAGCAAGAGCAGCCCUAACUACGGCUCCAGCUAUCACCUAUGGCCCGAGAGCCCGCAUAAGGGAGAAGAGAGGAUACUCAUCGAUCAUCAUCAGGCAACCACUGAGCAAAAGAAGCUGAGCCAUGCUGGAUCCUCCCUCUCCGAGAGCAGCGGCCGACUCCCUCAGAUAGCCAUGAACACCUGCAAGCACAAUGGCGGCGUAGUGAGACCACUGGGCAGCCUGGCGUCAUCGCGGCGCAACCUAGCAGAGCUCGACUCCGAAACACAGCCCCUCCAGACGCUGCACAGUUCUGGCCUGGAGGUGGUUGUUUCCAAGGGAAACAGUGAGGACCCCGGCAAGGAGUCCAACGAGAGCCUGGUCAGGGACGGGAACGGUGCUCCUGUGAAGAAGAACAAAGACAUCGGCUAUAGACUCGGCCACCGGAGGGCGCUCUUUGAGAAGCGAAAGAGACUCAGUGACUACGCACUCAUCUUCGGGAUGUUUGGGAUUGUCGUCAUGGUGACGGAGACGGAACUGUCCUGGGGAGUUUACGGCAAGGAAUCUUCGUACUCAUUUGCACUGAAAUGCCUUAUCAGCCUUUCCACUGUUAUAUUGCUUGGUCUUAUAAUAAUGUACCAUGCCCGGGAAAUCCAGCUGUUCAUGGUGGACAAUGGGGCGGACGACUGGAGGAUAGCCAUGACGUACGAGCGCAUCUUCUUCAUCGUGCUGGAGCUGCUGGUGUGCGCCAUCCACCCCAUCCCGGGCCAUUACCGCUUCACGUGGACGGCGCGGAUCGCCUUCACCUACACGCCAUCGACGGCCAAUGCCGACGUGGACAUCAUCCUCUCCAUUCCCAUGUUCUUGCGCCUCUACCUGAUCGGCCGCGUCAUGCUGCUCCACAGCAAGCUCUUCACGGACGCCUCGUCGCGCAGCAUCGGCGCCCUCAACAAGAUCAACUUCAAUACGCGCUUCGUCAUGAAGACCCUCAUGACCAUCUGCCCCGGCACCGUGCUGCUUGUCUUCAGCAUCUCCUCCUGGAUCAUUGCCGCCUGGACGGUGCGCGUCUGCGAGAGGUAUCAUGACACACAGGAAGUGACCAGUAACUUCCUGGGAGCCAUGUGGCUCAUCUCUAUUACCUUCCUCUCCAUUGGCUACGGAGACAUGGUACCUAACACGUACUGUGGGAAAGGCGUAUGUCUGCUUACAGGGAUCAUGGGAGCGGGCUGCACUGCGCUGGUGGUCGCCGUGGUAGCCAGGAAGUUGGAGUUGACCAAGGCUGAGAAGCAUGUCCACAACUUCAUGAUGGACACACAACUCUGCAAACGAGUAAAGAACACAGCUGCCAAUGUACUCAGGGAAACAUGGCUCAUCUACAAACACACUAAGCUGGUCAAGAAGAUAGAUCACGCUAAGGUGCGCAAACACCAGCGGAAGUUUCUACAGGCCAUCCAUCAACUACGCAGUGUAAAGAUGGAGCAGAGGAAACUCAACGAUCAGGCCAACACGCUAGUGGACCUGGCGAAGACCCAGAACGUGAUGUACGACCUGGUGUCAGAGCUGCAGGAGCGCAGCGAGGAGCUAGACAAGCGCAUCGGCAUGCUGGAGGACAAGCUGGACUCGGUGACGGGCAGCCUACAGGCGCUGCCCUGCCUCAUCUCCCAAGCCAUAACCCAGCAGCAGCAGGAAUUUCUGGACGGUUUCCUGCACCGCUUCCGGCCUGCCUCACUGGGCUCAGAGCGCUCCGAACGCUCAGAGCGCUCCUGGACCUCCACCGCCCGCCGACGCCGCUCGCCCUCCACGGCACCACACACCUCCUCUGACAGCGGCUAGCCCUUGAACCUGCCCUAAACCGCACCACCCCCGACUACAACUUCUCCUUUGGAGCCCCAUAGCGUUCCCCUAACCCCCCUAAACCCCCUCUGCCUUCGCAUCCAAAAACAAACACCGCUGUGACUGAACUCCCAGGGCAGGACUGAACUGGAAACUGCUCCAAUGCGAAUGAGUGAAAACUUCGACACAUCCUCUAAACAACAACCUAAAUGACUUAAACCGAGACAAGUAGAGAUAUGGUUUAUUUUUUAGCCAUUGUAUGGCUGUUCAAGUUAGCUUUUUUUGUAAAAGCCCUUGUAUAGUUAAACUGACUGAGUUCAGGUUCGCUGGGGUGAGAGCUGGCUAUUACACCUGGGUGGGGUGUGGGGGGGGGGGGCUGCCUGGAGGACAGAGGACACCUGCGUCUGCACAGAGGGAAACUUAAAAACGGUGGACAUUUGCCUUUGUUUUCCCCGUAAGUCAAGGUGGCGGUUUAAGAGGGCCUCUGAAAGCUCUGACGUCAGUUCAGUAUUGAAACGCACUUAAAGGGAGGGGGGAGGGGGUUCAUACAAAAGGAGAGCAAGGGGAAUGCACAUGACAUUACUACUGAGUAGGUAUAUUUACACGAAUGCCAAUUUCAAAGUUUCAGUUUCCUUGUUCUUAC